CUUGCCAAGAUGAAAUAACAUUACACAUCAAUCUGUCUCUUACGAAUAUGUUUAUCUUCAAAUGAUUUACACUAUUCAAGCCGGCAGCUAAUGCUGAGAGCUUCACGCAACCGUAGUUCCGAUAUAAUGUGCUCUAUCUUGAGACCAUCUAUUUUUAUACCGGCGGAGCGACUGAUCUCGCUGCCAUCUGUGAAGCAGCACAAAAUGCUUCACGCGGAGCUGAUACUUUUGCACGACCUCGACUCUGGAUUUGUGUGUUCUAGAAGGAAUGGAUAGUGGUUUCCGUGAUGUGCACGACCGGAGUUUUAUUUUUGUACGGUCUUAUGAAGAAUAAAGAAUGAUUUCUUCGAAGAGUGAUACAGUCAAUUUCAAGCUGGAACAAAAGAGACUGAUAUUCUGCGAAGAAAAUGACACACAUUUGUUUUUAUAUUUGAGCAGGUAAACGUCGAGUUUAGCCACUCAAUUCUUGGAACAUAUUGUAAAACAGAGAAUUCAAGAGAGGAAUGCCAGUUGUAUCUGGCAGUGGAGUCUUAAACAACAUGCCUUCUGUUUGUGGCGAUAUAGUCGACAUGGCUGCUGCCUCGCAAUCAUGCAUCAUGGAAGGCAUUUCUAGUACAGACAGUGUUGGAACGCAGAGUGACAUAUCAGGACACACAACUGUACCAGGAAGACCCAGAAUGGAUGUGGCCUGUGUCUUGGAUUUGCAACAACCAGAACAUCUUGUGCAGCGAAAGAAAGCAUUAGACGAAGUUAGACAAGCCUGUAAUUUGGUCAAUGCUAACAUCCAUCAUAUUCAGUUUGAAAAACUUGAUUUUGGUGAAACUAAUGUACUGGACACAUUUUAUAAUGCUGAUGUGGCAGUUGUGGAUUUGAGUAUUCAGUUGCAACAAUCUGCAUUGUUUUAUCAUCUCGGUGUUAGGGAAAGUUUUGGAAUGAAGGAAAACAUUUUGCUAUAUAAUGAUGUAGAUACGGAAGCUACAAUUAGACUUAAGUUAUCUUGUGGCAGCUACACGUUUGUUUCAUAUCGCGUUGUGGAAUCAUGUGGCUCAUGUGUAUCUACUAAUCCAGCAACCAGCAGAAUUACAGGUGAAGAAGCAAUAGAUCCCAAACAGCAUCUCACUUUGAAACUCAAGAAAUUGUUUCAAGAUGUGGAAAUACAAUCCAAAGCACAUAUGAAGGAAAAGUUUUUGGCAGAUCUGCGCAAAGCGCGUGAGACUUAUUCUGGAGAGGAACUCUCUAAAGCUUUAAAUAACAUGCGCAAACGUUUAGACGAUCCAAAUGUUUUAUCAGGGGAAGUUGUUCUGAAUGUUCUCAUUUCAUUCCGAGAAAUACAGGGUUAUGACGCCAUGGUACAAUUGGUUGACGAUUUGAGGACAAUACCAACUCACAAGAAUUAUAUAAAUACUCCGGCUAUAAGAUAUUUGUAUGCAUUUGCUCUAAAUCGACGAAACAAGGAGGGCGAUCGAGAAAGCGCGUUAAAAGUUAUUGAGAAGGCGUUGGAAAAAAAAGAGAACCAUGUUCCGGACAUGUUGUGUUUAUGUGGAAGAAUAUAUAAAGACAUAUUUGUAGAAAGCAGGCAUACAGAUGAGGAGAGUUUAAAGAAUGCGAUCCAUUGGUACAGAAAAGGUUUUGAGGUUCAACCAAACGAGUAUGCUGGCAUAAAUCUUGCUACUUUAUUGGUGAUAGCUGGAAAUGAAUUCUCCAAAAGUGAAGAACUGCAACAUAUUGGAAUGGUGUUAAAUAACUUAAUUGGCAAGAAAGGCAGCUUACCGAGCCUGAAGGAUUAUUGGGAUGUGGCAACAUUUUUCGAAAUUAGUGUAUUAGCAGAAGAUUAUUCGAAAGCUAUACAAGCAGCUGAAUGCAUGUUUAAAUUGAAGCCGCCAAAUUGGUACCUGAAAUCCACAAUAGGCAACAUAUCACUCAUAGAUAGGUUUCGCAAAAAGAAUGAAGAAGCUGAAAUUUCACCGGAGGAGCAAAUAUUUAGUUUCUGGAUGGACUACUUUGUCGAAGCUACAAAGCAGGAAGUUGGCGAUAGUAUACGGUUUCCAAUUUUAGUAUUGGAGCCGACAAAGAUCUUGAUGCCAAGUUACGUAAACGUGAAUCUCGGCGCAGAGGAGAAGUCUAUACAAAUAUGGAAUUUGUGCUUGGACAAUAUGAGAAAUAGCUGCAAGCAAGUUCAUGAUUGGUUAUUCACCGCAAGCAUGAUACGGAGUGUAAGCCUGUAUAAAAGGGACGAACGAUGCCUUUUUCUGUAUGUUCACCAAAACUCGGAUGAUUUUCAAAUAUACUUGCCAUCGGUACAAUGUCGACAAAGGUUUUACGAUCUGAUCUUAGAAAUGACCAGAGAUCAAGAAGGCAUGGUUACGGACUUGGAUGCGUACAUGACUGACGAUCGCAUGAAGUUCGAGUAUGAGCUAGAUGACCAGAACAAGCGGAUAGUUCUCGGUAAAGGUACAUAUGGCGUGGUGUAUGCAGCACGCGAUUUAAAUACCCAAGUCAGGAUCGCGGUGAAAGAAAUUCGCGAGCGAAACUUGGGCGAUGUACAGCCUCUACACGAAGAGAUUAAAUUACAUAGUCAGUUGAGACAUAGAAAUAUCGUUCAAUAUUUGGGCUCAGUAAGCGAGGACGGAUAUUUCAAAAUCUUUAUGGAACAAGUUCCCGGAGGAAGUUUAUCAGCAUUGCUAAGAUCGAAAUGGGGCCCUUUGAAGGAAAACGAAUCGACCAUCUCAUACUAUACCAAGCAGAUGUUGGAAGGCCUUAAGUAUCUCCAUGACCAAAAAAUAGUUCAUAGAGAUAUAAAAGGUGAUAACGUGUUGGUAAAUACGUACAGUGGGGUCGUUAAAAUUUCUGAUUUUGGCAUGUCAAAGCGUUUGGCUGGCUUAUGUCCCAGUACAGAAACAUUCACCGGGACAUUACAGUACAUGGCGCCAGAAGUUAUUGACAAGGGUCAACGUGGUUAUGGUGCGCCUGCGGACAUUUGGUCUUUGGGUUGCACAAUAGUUGAGAUGGCAACUGGAAAACCUCCAUUCAUCGAACUGGGCUCUCCGCAAGCAGCUGUUUUUAAAGUGGGAUAUUACAAAAUACAUCCUGAAAUACCAUCAGAGUUGUCUGAGAGGGCGAAGAAUUUUAUACUACGCUGUUUUGAACCAAAUCCUGAUAUAAGAGCAACUGCCGCAGAGCUGAUGGAAGAUCCAUUUCUUAAUGAGAAAAAGAAAAGCAGCAGAUUGGUAGCACCACCAGAUUUUAGCAGAAGCAUAUCGGUUCCUGCUGACAGAUUGGAACGUUUAGGCAAAUGUGAUAAAACAAAUAAUAAUCAUAUUGUUGCUGCCACGCCUAUACAAAUGUCUCAAUCAGACGAUAGUGGAGGGUUAACGAAGUCAAGUCCGUUGAGAGAACGCAGUCCGGCCCACUUAUUGUCUCCUAUCAGCAUGCCUACUGCAACCCUCUCUUUUAACAGUGCAAUAGGAAAUACACCAUCAAUAGAAACUAGUGAAACUGAUACAGCAGGUGUCUCAAUAACCAGAAGAAGUUCAUCUGGUGGAUUGUUGUCGCCGGAAGUUGAAUUAGGAGGACAACCAGGACAAAAAUCUGGAGAGGAACAAGAGGGCUUUUAUUUGUUAAAAAAGGACAGUCAGAGGCGCAUGACGUUAACGAGAGUUCUCAACCAAGACGAGGCGAAAAUUUGUGAAGUAUGGAUGAGAGGUAUACAUCAAGCAGAGGGACAAACAAUGUUGCAAAUGAGUCACUUAGUAUUGCUGAUGCGCGGUUUGAGGGAUUACAUCGCGGAGCAAAAUCAGGAAGUGAUAGUAACCGCUAUUCGAACAUUGAAGGAAGAGCUAGAUUUUGACUCUACCGCUAUCAAUCACCUACACUUGGCUAUUUAUUUAUUUCAAACGGCAGUGAAUGAAGUCCUCCGAAUGCACAGUAUAAAGCCGCAUUGGAUGUUUGCUUUGGAUAAUUUAGUGAGAAACGCUGUCCAAGCUGCUAUCACCGUAUUAUCUCCCGAAUUGGGAGCUAAUUUACUUGGACAAGAACGGGUACAACCUGGCGGGCAAGGCCCCGAGGAAGGCUCAACGUCUGGCGUAUCAACGGUGAAUUCUGUGAAGUCCCAAAAAACCGCUGAUUCUAUUGAUAUUAAAUAUUGGAAAGAGUACAGGGAUCAAAUGGGAGCGCUAAAGAUGGAAAACAUGAAGUUACUUCAGGAAUUGAUAGAGAGCCAAAAAUCAUACCAGAUAUUAUUGCAACAAGCUCUUGAAGAACAAAGAGUGCAAGUUAACACACUGACACAUUUAUGCGAGAAUAUGAACAGGAGAGCCGCGAGACAGGAAUCAGGUUACAAUUCUUGCAUUUCUGGAAAUGUAUCUCAACAACUAGGAUCCUUAACGUCCGAUACGCAACACAAUACUGCUCUGCAUAUAGAUUCGGAUCUUGUGAAUUGGUUACGAAAUCUCCAAAUAGAUGAAACAUCAAUUGAUAGGCUCGUAUGCGAAGAAUAUACACUGGAAGAUAUUUUGCAUCAUGUUACACGAGACGAUCUUCGCAGAUUAAACUUAAGGGGAGGAAUCGAACUCAGGAUAUGGCAAGCUAUACUGAAAUAUCGGGAAAAUAAUGGAAAUUAAAUUGUAAUGAUUACAAUUGCACAAAUUUCCAUCAUUGUUAGUGAUAGAAUGUCACUAGUAGCUGAAAGCAGGUUAAGAUAUUUGUUUUGUAAGCCUGUCACAGAAUGACGAUAUAAAUCGGCUAUAACGCUAUACUGGAUAUAAAUCAAAUUGUUCGAUAGAGAGUUUCUUCCGUGACACAAUACAAUAAUGAUAUUAUUGGUUUAUUUCGUAGUUCCUACAUGUAGAUUAAUAUUAAUCUUUGCAGAGCAAUUGUAUAUUAUAUUAAAUCCGUGUAUGAUGAUUUAUGUUAAUAGGAAUAGUGUUUUUAUGAAAGAUUUUAAUUACUUUGCCAAAGUUCUAUUAUGUCAGAACAUAAGGAAUCAAUAUUUGUGCACAGAAUGUAUUUCACAUGUUACAUUUUCUUAUAAUAUAAAUUUCUCUGUUUUGGUUUUUACAUCAAAUUUUGGAAAAUUGAGUUAAAUUUCGAGAACAAUUGCUUUUAUUCUGGAUGAAUAAAUCUAAAGAUAAAGGUAUAACAAAAAAAUGACAAAGAGAUUAUAGAUAUGAAUAAUAUGCAAUAUUUUAUUCUAAAGCAAUAUAAUGUCUCUCACGUACAACAGAAGUAACAAACGCUUCCAAUAACACAACUGAUGCAAUUUAUAUACCAAUUUUGUUGCAAGAUAUAGGUAUAUAUUUCUUAAAAAUUUACUGCCACAACGCAAAAGCAAUCAAGAGGCAUCUAUAUUUUCAUAUAGAAGCACAAGUUUACGUAACAUUUGUUUAUUGAUCUAACAAAAGUUACGUAACAUUUCACUUAUACAUUUGCAAAACAAAGAUGCAACUAUUUAUAGUGCCUUACGAAACUUGUUCUAGUGCAAGAAAAGAAAAAAUAUUUAUUAUAUGAAAUAAAUAUGUGUAGUCGUAUCAUUCGCAUGCGAUAAGUGUGAAAUAUUUGCCGUUGAAAUCACGUGCUUUUGAAAGGCAAAAUUUUACGUUGAUAUUUGCAGUAUCAAAACAUUAAUCGAAUAUUUUUGUGUCGAUAUUUAUCAUGUAAAUAGAGUGCUUUUCGUAGUUUGUAAGUGCUUUGCGUUGAUUCGUGCUUCGACACACGAACGAAUGAGAUGCAGUUUUUCUUUCAGGUUUUGUAGAUAUGAGUUUUUAUAUGACAGAAGAAUUUUUAAUUCCUUUUAUGCAAUAUUAUAAGGAAAGAAAUGCGCCUGUGCUUCUUACGAUACAAAAUACAUUUUGUACAGUUUGAAUUUUUUCAAUGUGCAAUAGUCGAACUGAGUUUAUGCAAAUAUCUAAUCUCAAUGAACUCUUUCGAGACUGCUGUCUCGAAAACCCCCCCAGUGCCUUGUUUCAGGAAUACAUUAAACUGUAUUCAGUUUGACUGUGUACACUCUACUGUUGCAACACAUCAUCUAACGACUGACAAAAUUAAUGUUGAUAAGAUAUUUUCACGUAACACUAGUACAUUAAGAAUUACAGAGCGAUAUUUGUGUUGGUGCUUGUUUUCAAGUAUUCUGACAAAAAGUAAUUUUGCGUUCGAUAAAACGAGCCUGUUGCGGCACAAGAAGCAGCGACUUCAAAGCAAGCACCAAAGGCUAUUGUUAACCAUUGCUGUUUUCACUCACAAUAAAAGUAGAGUCAAUUAUUAUUGUUGUUCGCAUGCGCGACUGUUUGUAAUAAAGGAAUAAACAGAUUUUUAUGUUA